GACGACGGCAAUGUUGUAGUUCAUUGUAUGUAGUGCUAUCAGAUUUUUUGUUCUCCUUUUCAAGUCAAUCUCAUCUGUCCUCAAGUAAUUCCAGAAUAUCGAAUUAUAAAGCGAGUAGCACGACCGUCAACGACAAUAAGCAAAAUGGGUCGAUUCGUGCUUCCUUCUGCCAUCUGCGCUGCAGGCAUUCUUGCCUUCUUGGGUUUCACUGCUGUUGGCGCAGUGCGUGUGCAUGGGCGUGGACGUAAUAAGCAGGCGCCCACCAUGCCCGCUUCUUGGAAAUGUCUUGGUGCUGUUGGUUUCACUUUCAGUGUGCUUGGUGCGGCCACCGCAGAAGCAGGCUCUGCCUGUAACGAUUUUGGAUCACGUGAGGAGAUGUUAUGGGAGUUUUUGAGUGGUAACUUAUUUCCUUCAGGAGGAAGAGGACCAAGUAGAGGUAUUUGAGGAUACCAAGUCAGGAGUAGUUCUUUAAGUUUUUCCAAAGAUUAUCAGGAGGAUGUCUCAGGAUUCAGGACUUCAAGGAUAAUGAGGAUCAUGCCUAACAAGGAUACUGCAGGAUCAUGAUGAAGGCUCGGGAAGCAGGGGAACGACCACGAGCAAAUAUGUUUUACUCGGUAGAGUUGGUUGUGCCAAAUACAUAAUAACGAGGUAAGAACAAUGUUUGUAUACUGAAAAAUUGUCAAGAAAACUUCUAAAGAAGCAAGGGUAUCUGGUUCACUCGCUGCAUCAGAUAGAGAACGGAAAGAUUGGGCCGCUAUAUCGAAAUUUGGACUCUUCCCCGGAAGAAGGUGACUCACCGAAGCCCUUUUGCGGCUCUUGGGCCGAUCAUAAGCACUAUAAAGAGCCACUAGCCCUGCCCCCCGCACACGGUCAUCCUUUUGAUGCUCGUGGGAGCACGUGGGAUUGUCGCUCGGAGGGUGAUGUUUAUUGCAAUUUCGACAAUCAGGUGCACGCAAAAAGCGCGGAGCUUGACUCUCUCAGCAGAUCUAUCUGCCUGCAACGCCAGGUUGGGCCGGAGCUCGCGCGCCUCCUGUACGACGUCCACAAUGUGCACAAUCAGUGCACGACUCGCAGUGUGCUUAGGUUUCUCGCUCAAAUCAACGAACCCAUCAUGUUGAACAGCAACGGCGAACAAGUUAGUACUAUGCCGGCGAGCUCAACUACAACACGUGCCUCGUCAAGCUCAACAUCGGAAGAUGUAGAAGGUCGUAAUGGACGAGUCGCGUGUCCAUCGUACUCCGGCACUGGGGAAUUCAACGGGAGCGAAUCUCAUUGCUACGGAAGGCGCUCGAGAAACAUGAUUUGUAACUUGUUGUACCGGUGAAGACAGUGACAAUUUUCGUCACCGAUAAUUGAUUACUUGGAAAUGCUCCACAAAUGUUUUUUCCCCUGUUUUUUUCUUUUUUUUUCCAUGUUCGGUAUCGGUCGCGGAAGUCUGGUUAAGACCGGACGCAUCCGUUCAGGGGGCGCUUAGGAGGAUGUCCCGGGCCCCCUUCCGCUCGGUAAGUUGUUUUUGUUUUGGUUUUUCUGAGAGUACCCUUCUUCCCCCUACAAAUAAAUAUGUCUACGAACAUGCAGAAUGUUAAGGCUUAGAUAAUUAACUCGUAAGUACUUCUAGAUUAGGUGCUACAGUACAGAUAUCAUGCUGUGCAUUGUGUAGCACAACGUGUUCAUACUUCAUAAUUGCUAACCUAACAUUGCCUGUAUUUCUCGGCUCUUAUCUCUUGCUUACCAGUGAUUAUCUGGAAAUGCUGAUGCUCUUUCGAAGUUGAUUUUUGUAUUGAGUUGGUUGUGAAACAGGAACUCCGAAUGUGGAGGUGUAAGAAGCUUAAGCUACAUACAUUUUUAUAAAUGUUCCAGGGUCCAGGGUCACGCCGGCCUCCGAACGGCGGGGGGAGGCGGGAGCCCCGGACCCCUUUUCGCCUAAGUAGUCUGUCGUGGGUGGAAGGCCUCAAAAGGAAGCCUAGGGUCCCCCUUCGCUCCCUUCCGGCUGUCUGCAUGUACCCUACAGGCUUCCAACGUGCUGGCCCCUCUCCGCAGCAGUGUGCCGGGUGGGGAAGGCGGCAAAGAAGGCAAGGCUUGACCCCCUUAGCCGUGUGGCCUGUACCCAAAAGAACCCAGCCGGGUAACCGUCCCCACUUGCCCCGACCCUCCUGGCGUCCUUGGUCUUCAGCUUGCUGGCCCUCACCGCGCAUUUGAUGCGGGCAACCCAGCAAAAGGGACCAGGCUCUGAUACCGUGGACGCCUUCGGCGACCUUCUACCCCGUCCCCGGCGACCUCCUCCCGGCUAGGGUCGGCUGAGGACGGGACGCCUGGAGGGUACACGCAGAGAGACAUAAGGGGGCCCCGGCUCCCAUUUUUGACGUGUCACCCCAAGAACCCGCGAAAAACCGAACGAAAAAGUGCGCGCAAGCGCCACCACAGGGCCAUCCACAGGAUGGGGGCGCGCGUCCCUGUAUCAUAUUUAUAGGAUUGCCAUCUAUCUACUGCUGAGAGUGAAUUUAUUUUGAACAUUGGUAUCGAGUCUCGGUAUCGAAACCGAUCUGCUCUAACUUUAUGAUGCUCGCAUGCUGACAUGGAGCAGGAAUGAUAGUUACAUGGCAGUUGCUGAUGCCGUUAGCUGUGUAAGUUUAGGCCUCAGUCCUAGACUCUGGAUGGCCCUCUUCCGCAAUCCGAUGGCCACCGUUUUCGCCGAAUUAUGGUGAAGAAAGUGAAAUAGCAAGGACACCCGUUAAAAGAUUAUACUGUUUUUUUUGUUACCGACAACGAUAGCAUGAGAAAUAGUAACAGAAAUUGUAGACGAGGGAGCGCUAACAGACGCACUCGUACGGUAAAUUCAAAUCUAUUGGAACCGACUUAGAUGAUGCUCUGCUAUGCAAACUCACUUACCUCCAAGGACUGACUUUUAUACGAUGUCUGUCAUGAUAAUUUCCCUUUUUGUGACGUAGAAAAAAUACGAUCGUGGUAUUGUUUUCUAGAAGUUUUAAGAUCGUGGUAUUGUUUUUCCACCAGCUCCUCCUCUUCAUUUGCGUCAGGGCGUUUUUACCUCCGUGACCCCCUGCUGCGACAGGGAGUGUUGAUCAAUUUCAUGGACGUUCUAGCGGAGAAUUACGGAAAAUCGCUCGCAGAGCUCCUACGAAAGUUUCAGCUGCCGCAUCAAGACUACAUUUAUGAUUCAGAAGUAGAAUGCAACGUCAACAGCGCGACACUGGCGUAGUUCUUGUGCCCUUUCCAGAAGACAGCACCCUGGAUUCAAUAGACUGACUCACGAGAAUCUGCGUGUAAAGACGAGCACGAUGACAAGACCUGCAUAAUGACAAAUUUUGACUCAAAGUAUCUUUCUCUAAUCCCUUCUGCAUUUCGCAGCAACGAGGCUAAUCGAUUCUCUUCAUCCGGUCGUCGACCUGUGGCGAGCCCUAUUGCCGGAGGGUAUAUGUUUUUUUGGCUAGGACGAAUGCUUAUACCCAUGGAUACGAGCACUUCUAGAAGACAAAGCAACAUUUUAUUUAAAUAGUGUUAUAAUAUAUGCGCAUGAAGACUAGUCCUAAUCCCAUUGACCACUAAGACCACAAGGCUUUCGUGAGUAUUCAUUGUUGGCAUUCAACGACAUGCAAUCUCAUUCUGCUAGGCAUGUCGGUUUCGAUCAUCAAUCAUUAAGUUCAGCAUCGCCACGGUCGCCAUUAUCGUCUUCAUCAUAAUCACCAUCCUGGCAGGUAUUCGCACGGAACUGGAUGUCGAUUCGCUCCGCCGGGGACUUCGUGCGGGCGCUAUGCGGCUCGCAAGGACCGGAAGCUGGGACAGGCUUGUACUCGAACCUGCAAGAGCUCACAUUUUCACUGAUUAAGGCUACGCCCAUAUGCCCCUCUAGUAUCGCCGCCUCUUCUCUUCAAUUAAUGAAGAGUAUCUUCAACUUCAUAUACAUCUUCUGCUAUCAGCAGUUCUCUUUUUAGAUGAUGCUAAUACCCCGUAGAACGGUAUCCACUACUCAACACCAACUACUACAACAACAACAUUUAUAGUGUGUGAGGCAUAUCACACUAAUUAGCCAUAAUUCAAGUGAUCCCGCCUUAACAGGAAAACACUGUCCCUGGGAUACUAAAGAGGCUUCAUCACUUUGAGCAUGAUAUAUAGAUCAUGCUUCAUUAAAAAGAUGGGCGACGCUCCAUCUUCUCUACGUAUGGCAAAGUUUGUAGGCUGAGCCUGAAAGCCUGAGCAAGUGCAAGACUAAGACAUGGCCAUUAGGUAGUUGCCACGACAACAUAUGAAUGUUCUAAGUUGAUGCUUUCGCUGACGUGGAGCGUUCCUUUGCGUGAGCUGACGCUGGAAGACGAGUAUGACGGUAACCUGGGAGACUAAGUAAUGUGCUUCCACGGAAUAAACAAGAAUUUUCUUGUUCAUUUAAGGGCUGCCACUUGAGGACCACCUCACCAAAUUCAGACUGUAGCAUACUAUCACCCUCUAAGCUCCUGCAAUGGGGAGUGGUAGACUUACUGGUGAGGUCACUGGAUAAUAUCUAAGUUCCCUUUUUUCUUGAGCUAGAUUUAGUUGCCCUUCGGAUAUUAUACUCGAGCUUCUACCAGCACAUUGACGUUUUUACGUCACAAGAAAUACUGCUGAACAUGCGCCAGAUCUAUGAUAAUAUGGAUUGACUUGUGAUGAUGAUUGCGAAUGCAGUCCCUGAUCAUUUCAGUCGCCUCUUCUUGCUCAAUCCUAUUCGAAACUUAUUUAUCCAAAUCUAUUUCUUCAUUUCUUGUGAUUCUUAUGAAGGUAUUGAGAAUCGAUGCGUUUCUUGUUUUGGAAAAAGUUCCCCACUGGUAUUCUUCGUUCACAUCUAAUGUGGUCUUGAAUUUUAUUGGAUGUUUCUUUUAUUUUCCUGCAGCCUUCUCGUGCUAUUAUUGGGACCUUCUGAUCCUUUUUGCGGAAUGAUGAUGAGAGUCAUGAUAGGCGAUGAUAUACAGCAUCUGAGUGCGUUUUUACUAAAAAUCAAAAACAUAAAAGACAACUUAAAACUACAAACAAAAAAUAGAAAUAAAAAUUGGCCGUUCCCUUGCUGUAACACUGCCGACAAAGGUGUUGGCAUCUUGUUACCUUGCUGAUUUCGUUUUCCUUGCGUUUCUGAUCCUACUCGGUAUCAUGAUCCCAGGUUAAUGUCAUCAAAGUGCGCAGCUGUGCAGGCAGGUAGAACAAGACAACACUGGAAGCACUUAGCGCGUGUCUAACUUCCUUACUUUCGAUAGCUAUCCUUUUUUUCGUGUGUUCACCCUUACGUGAUUUACUUCAUUUCUUUGUGUCGCUGCAUAAGAAUUGUUUCAUCAAAGGCUGACUGAGGUGGAGUGAAAGUGGAGUUAUAAAUGAAGUACGAAGAGAUGCCGAAAAUAAACAAGUAGAAAAGAAAAAUCAGCACCAUUCGGUCUAAAAAAUCUGAAAUAUUUAUUAGAAAUGACUGCUCGAGAUCAUGACUCUUUGUCUUUCAGGGGGUCCGAGCGGCGCACAGAAGAAUACGCAAGAACACUCGUGCUCCUAGGUGGGUCGUUCGGAAAGCUGUAGAAGGAUACAUGUCCACAUAGAAGUGAACUGCGCUAUCUCCGACUCUGACAUACUACUUGAAUCUAGUGAAGAAAUAAUUCGAAGAUUGUACAACGCACGAGGUCGAACUGAGCCUGCCUGGCUUUGUUGAUGUAAUGAGCGCUGACUGGUAACUAGUACUUGAUUGCUCCUCCUGCAUAUUAUAAUUUAUUCUAAUUGACUAGAUAAUAGGGGACUACGACUAUGGACGGCCAUCUCUUCGUUUACUUUCAGCAGACGGCCUCGCCACAUAAAAAAAUGUCCUCUUUUACUCUUUCUUAGAGAAACAAAUCAAAAUUCGUGAAUCUUCUUCUUCUUCGUUAUUUUCCGACCCAGAACCAGAAGAUGAAAUAUUGUCAAGGAAAAGGAAUAUAAGCAUUUCUGCCUUGUGGUCUCCGAGCGCAAAGUUACACUCCGCUGUAACGACUCACUUCUAAUUAUAUUUCCUGAGAAAAUGAAGAUGAACAGGAACCUCAUCCGUGGAAUAUAGAGGGAUGAGUACUUCUUGUAUCUCUGAUCGGGUGACUAUUGUCCGACUCUAUUUAAAAUAUAUUGUCUGAGGUAAUCGUCCUGCUCUCUCAUGAUCCAGAAAAAAUUUUGAAGACACGACGAAGCAUGAGUGUCAACAUGCACGCAGGAGAAUCGAGAACUACAGACUGCUACUUAGACAAUGUUGAGAAUAUAACAGGGCGAGGAUAUUUGUUGAUGAUGUAUUUUCUUGUUCACGAAUACACAUCAGGAGAUUGCAGGACCAAUAAAUUUAGAUUUCCGCGAAGCAAGUACAGGGACCACAAAUUGGCAAAUUUUUCGUAGAGAUGUAAUGCAAUCUUCAGCACCUCGCAUAUUCAAAAUUUCUUCCGAC